GCUCGCCAGCAACAGUGCAGCGCUGACCAGGAACCCAAUUGGAAGUUUUGAGCUACGACUCCAUAGUCCAAUUUGGCCAAGGAUUACCAUUAACCAACCGACCCAACCUACCAGAAACAUCCACCCACACAUCACAGCCAUCAUGUUCUUCAAGCUGUUAUUCGCCUCCUGCCUGGCUCUGGCUUUGGCCAAGCCCCAGCACCCACCUGCUGCCCAGUAUCCCGCUGGCGUUAAUCCCCAGGACUGCCCCGGAUUCCCCAUCUGUGAUAAUGCGCGUCUGCACAACCCUCAGCCACAGUGGGGCGCCCCCCAGCCCCAGUGGCAGCAACCGCAGCCACAGUGGCAGCCACAGCCCCAGCCCCAGUGGCAGCCGCAACCUCAGUGGCAGCAGCCCCAGCCCCAGUGGCAGCCACAGCCCUCUUGGAACGCGGCUCCCGCUCCCUCCGCUGGCGGUGAUAAGUAUCCGGCUGGCGUCAAUCCCCAGACCUGCCCCAACUAUCCGUACUGCGAUGUGAAUGCCGGACAUGGUGGUGCUCCUGUGGCGGCCCCCCCACUGCCCGGAUGGACGGAGCGUCUGUAUCCCGCUGGAGUGUCGCCGCACCAGUGCCCCAACUUCCCCUACUGCCACUAGGAUGGCCGGUGGUCAUUGUGCGGCUACCCGCAGUUUCCUCUAACGCUUCGCCUAUCCCCCAGUUCUCAAUUAGUGAACAUUAAUUUGAAAUUCUUUGUUGUUGGCGCCGAAUAAAAUGCAAAUGUUGGUCAAAGAA